CGUCGGUGACGUUUCUGGGGCAUCCCCGACGGGCUGACAGACAUUAGCAUCAGGGGAGCCGAAGACGUGUUUCAAACAUGGCUUUGAAUCGGAAUCAUUCGCAAAACGGCGGGGUUUUGAUAAACAACGGAGAAAGUAUUUUAAGGGAAUGUAAGAACGUGGAGCUGUCAUUCAGCGAUGUCACCUGCAAGACAGACCUGCUGAGGGGGACCAAGAAGGGCACGGUGUACCUCACACCAUACAGGUUGCUGUUUGUGUCCAGUAAUACCAAGGAUUGCCUGGGCUCAGCCAUGUUCCCCUAUUAUCUGAUGAAGGGCUGCAGCAUAGAGCAGCCAGUCUUUGCAGCCAAUUACAUUAAAGGGACAGUGUCAGCUGAGGCUGGUGGUGGCUGGGAAGGCCAGGCCCAUUUCAAGAUGUCAUUCCCAAGUGGAGGCGCCAUAGAGCUGGGACAGCAUCUCUUCAAACUGGCUACAAAUGCUUCUCGUGCUGCUCCUGCCCAAAACGGUGCUGCCUCUUACGGCUAUCCUUCACCUGGAAUGAUGAAUGGCUAUGGCCCACCUCCACCUGCUCCUCCGGGCUAUCCUUACCCACCCCCUCCCCAGCAGAAUGGCUUCUACCAGGGCCCUCCCCCUGCUGCUGCCAACAUGGGCUACCCCUGUCCAACAGCCAAUGCAGGAAUGUACCCAUCUGGUUUUGACUACAUGGCCCCACCUCCUCCCUACCCUGGGCCACCCCAAAAUUGGGCUGCACCCCCCCAGAACUGGACAGCAACAGCACCACCACCUGCAGGUAACUCCAAAGCGGCUGAGGCAGCAGGCAGCGCGUAUUACAAUCCCAGCAACCCACACAAUGUCUACAUGCCCAUGGAGCGACCUCCACCAUAUGCACCUUAUCCAAACUCUCCUGACAAGAAACACAACUAAGGCUCAGGCACCAUCACUUCAAUCACUCUCCCCUCUCUCUUCCUCUGUAUCUUAAAUAAAUUCGAAAGUAAGGACUAUUGUUGGUGGAUACCUACGUGACUGUAGAAUACAGAAUAGAAAUUGCAAGUAAUAGAGGGCUCUAGGAUAUCAGUAAUAAUUAAACAAUUAAUGAAUAAUAUUUUGGAUACUGGAAUAACUUAUAAAGCAAUCACAUCUUUAAAUAUUGCUUUCCUUUUUACUUAAGUUCAUUUGGAGUGAUUGACAAUUCUGAGACUCGUAAUUAUAAACAAUCUCAGCGAUGGCAUUUAUUUUGUUCUGUCUAAUAGCACGUUGUUAAGAGCUGAAAGGAGGAGGCAUGUGGGGAAUGUACUUUUUUCAGACAGAUUUAUCACCAAAACAUUUUUAGCAAUUUCUUGAUUGCAGUUGUUGUAGUUAUUAACAAUAGCAGCUCCUGAUAUAAAAGGUAAAGUAUUUUUGCAGUAUCAUUGAAGGUGCUGUGUGUUUCCUAUCCAGUAGUUUUGAGUUGUUGUCCAUGUACUCCACCAGAACUGGGUUGAAUAGUGUCUAGUAACAUGAUAUCUGACUGAUUCUCACACUAGGAUGAAAAGUUAUAGUUUCCAUUAUAUAUAACCCGCAUAUUUGGGUGUUCUUGUACAACUUCAGUUGCAUUACAUUACAGUCUAAGUAAUUCCAUUCAUUGUAUGACCCGAAUCUCAGUCAUAGUUUAAUAUAUGUAAUGGAGGUUUUUGUUAUGAAAAGGAGCAGUGUGUUGUUUGAAAAGGGGGGAUCAGACAGCGUUCUUACAUAACAAGUCUAUGUAUGUGCAAUAUUUCAACCUCACAUUACAGGGUCAUAGGUGACAGGCUGGGGUUACCUGAAUGACCCUGUGCUCUACUCCUAGCUUCUAUUGUAUUCAUGUAUGCAAAGCCAAGCUGAAACCAGAACUCUACUCUUUGUGGAAUUACACUAGUGUGGGGUUACAGGGCCAAGGCGUUACAUUAAGGGCCCAUCAGUGUUUUGCCUGUUGUUGAACUUCUGAAUGAAAAGCAUUUAUUCCAGAUUAAAGUGGAGUGAGGCGCCAACAAGCCGUGUAACUGCAACCCCCUCAUUGUGCAUCAGUUAACACCUGUUUGAAGGAGUAUUUGCACACAGUUGCGCUGGAUAGAGGAUUUUUGGGGGUUGUUUUAGUUUGCUUGAAUUAAUCAAAUGUCUGUAUUUUAAUAUCUCUUUUGCAGUUCUUAUUCCUCUUGCUGAAGUUUUUUCUGUCAAUUAAAAUCUAAUAAAUGAGUCAAUUAGUGAA